GUCAAUAUGAACUCGCCAUUUUCGAUCUUUGGCGAGUUUAUUGUCUGAAGCAGACUGUUUUCACCAGCCACUAACCUACGAUUUCUAUGUCUAUAGCGAAAUGUCGUUAGAAGAUCCAUUUUUUGUUGUCAAAGAUGAAGUUGAGCGGGCUCUGUCUAGUGCUCGUGGCCUUUUUAACCGGUGGAAGGAGCUACAGUCGGCACCGAAUCUUGUGUCUCAUGAGGAACUCGACUGGACGACAAACGAAUUACGAAACAGUCUACGCAGUAUUGAGUGGGAUUUGGAAGAUCUAGAGGAGACAGUCAGUAUUGUGGAGAAAAAUCCGCGUAAGUUCAAGAUUGAUGAGAUGGCGGUACAGGAACGGAGAGGUUUUAUCGACAGAACCAAAUCAAAAGUUCGGGAGAUGAAAGAUCAGUUAUCUAGCCCAACUUCAAAACCACGUGAAUCAGGAGAUGCCCGUCAGUCCCUUCUGUCUUCAAAUGGUCCCAAGUACCCACAGGAUCGCUACACCCGGUUAGACAGUGAGAUGGAACGAUCGAAUCAGAGGUAUAUAGACGACACACGUCAACAGCAGCAGCUGGUGAUGCACUCUCAAGAUGACACUCUGGAACAGAUCAGCUCCAGUGUCGGGGUUCUCAAAAACAUGAGUCAGCAGAUCGGAAGUGAACUAGAAGAACAAAAUGUGAUGUUGGAUGAAUUUCACCAUGAACUUGAUAGCACAGAUUCUAGAAUGGAUACAACAAUGAAAAAAAUGGCCAAAGUUUUACACAUGUCAAAUGACCGAAGACAAUGGUGUGCAAUAUUUGUUUUAAUAUUAAUUUUAGUGAUAGUAAUUAUAUUAUUUUUUGUUCUUUGAGAAUACGUUUUUCUUAUAUAUAUUAUCACCUUCUCAUGAUCAAUUCAUUGUCAUGCCAUGUCAGUUCAUGUAAUGCUUUGAAAACCAACACUGCAAGAUCUGAUCAUUCCACAAAACAUUGCAAGAGGCUUAAAAAAAAAAAAAAAAAAAAAAAAAACGGUUACAAA